GUUUCCCCGCGCGCGACGCACCGCGAGUGUAGAUACACCCAUCUAGCCUAGGAGUACUCCUCUGCACCCGCCGGACCAAGCAAAUUAAGACGGCAUGGGCUCUUCGUCGCUUCUCCCAUGCCUCCUCCUCCUCCUGGCCACGGCGCUCUCCGGCGAGGCCACCGCGCGGCUCGUGCUCCCGUCCCAUGAGCCGUCGUCCAAGUCCAGCCAGCAGUGUCUGGAUAACCCGCCCGAUCUGACGGCCGCGGGCGGCGAGGGCGAGGCGGGGCAGCUCGUCCCCGACCUCGGUGGCCUCCAGGCCUACGUCACCGGCUCCCGCCUCUCCGCGUACGCCGUCGUCAUCGCCUCCGACUACUACGGAUUCCAAGCGCCAAAACUGAGGAAAAUAGCGGAUCAAGUCGCAGAUGAUGGAUACUUGGUCGUCGUUCCUGAUCUCUUGCACGGGGACCCUUACAAGGAUGAUCCCAAGAAUUCGUUUUCAGAGUGGCUGAAAACACACUCUCCGGUCGAAGCAGCUGAAAAGACUCAAGUGCUUAUUGCUGCUCUGAAGAAGCAAGGGGUUUCUGUGGUUGGGGUUGCAGGUUAUUGCUGGGGUGGAAAGGUGGCCGUGGAGCUAUCGAAGUCUGAAGAAAUCGAAGCAGUUGUCAUCUCGCAUCCUGCACUAGUGACCGUCGAUGACAUGAAGGAGGUCAAACAUCCCAUUGAGGUUCUUGGAGCAGAGCUUGAUGACACUUCUCCACCGAAGCUAGUGCACCAGUUCGAACAUGCCUUAGAUCAGAAUAAAAUGAUUGACCACUUCGUGAAGAUCUUCCCGGGCGUGCCCCACGGCUUCGCCUGCAGAUACGACGCCAACGACCAGUUCGCCGUCAAAACCGCCGAGGAAGCACGCGGUGACAUGCUCAGUUGGUUCAACAAGUAUCUGAAGAAUCAGCGAGACCUCCCGCUCCAUGGAUCUUAGAAACCCGUCUUCGGUUGUGCUGAAUAAAGUGUAGCACGCUCUGUCUUUCUGAAUAAGUUAGCACAUCAGUGGAUGUAUGUUUUGUGACCUUAGCACACUGCACAUCCCGCUCCAAAGCUGUUUGCGUGACAUGGAAAUUGAUUGACACAUUCGUUCCAGGUCACAGGAAAUUGAUUCGUUUCAGAGAUCUCGUAAA